CGAACGAGCCGGUCAUAUUCUGUGAUCACUAUUUCCAUCUUUGCAAUAUUUAUUGUUUAAAAAGUGAAGUGUUUGUGUGUUAUUUAAAAUGAGGUUAAAUCCUGUAUCACUUUCCUUCGAAAACAUGCCGAGGCAGAAGGAUUUCGGAUGCUUAUCACUUAGAUUUGGGUGCAUAUUCUCAGCUCUAGUCACUAUUCUAUACACAAUUCUAGCACUAGCACAAUGUCUGGCGUCGCUCGACAAAGAGAUCCCGACGUCAAUAGAUACCAGUAAUCUAGACAAUAUCCUCCUCUACUGCUUUGAAGUAGCAGUCAUCGUCUGCCAUAUUGUGACUCUCAUACUAACCACCAUCAUGCUGGUUGGAGUCUUGAAGGAAAAGUCUUACCUCAUGAAGCCCUGGUUGGUGUGGACGUCUUGCCUGGUGUUAGGCAACCUAUUCCUGAUCGUCUUCUGCACAGUCCUCAUGAUGGUCUUCAACAGACUGGACGUGGAACCUGGACUAUUGGUGUCAUACUUGGUGGCAUUCCUUGCACUCCUCUUCCGAAUCUACAUGUUGACUCUGGUUGGAAGUUUCUACUUGCAAUUAGAAGAGGAGAAAAUUGAGCGCCUGCGGACAUUACUCAACACGGAUACAUGGCACAGCGCUGCGUAACGUUGCUAUUUAAAAUGUUCAGGCGUUUAGAGGAAUAGUCGAAUUUUUAAAGAAAUUGUUAAAGCAAUGUAACAUUGCGUGAAAAAGUGUAGUCACAGGGUAAUAAUAGGAUUAAAGAAAUUCAAUCAUAUACCCUAACAUGUUGUGAUCAGUU